UGGAAAAAUAAGCGCGCGAUGAGAAUGCAGUGGCUAUGGCGGAAAUGGUUAGCAGCGGCAGUGUUGGUGAUGGCAGGAGCGGUGGCUGCCGGCGGAGCAAAUGUGAGUUAUGACGGAAGAUCGUUAAUAAUAGAUGGACAAAGGAAGAUGUUGUUUUCUGGUUCUAUUCAUUAUCCUCGAAGCACCCCUGAUAUGUGGCCAUCUCUAAUAUCAAAAGCAAAACAAGGUGGAAUAGAUGUGAUUGAGACCUAUGUUUUUUGGAAUCUUCAUGAGCCUCGUCCUGGACAGUAUGAUUUUAGUGGAGGACGUGACAUAGUAGCAUUCAUCAAGCAAAUUAAAGCACAAGGUCUAUACGCUUGCCUUCGUAUUGGGCCCUAUAUUGAGGGUGAAUGGACUUAUGGGGGUUUCCCGUUUUGGUUACAUGAUGUCCCUGGCAUUGUUUAUCGAUCUGACAAUGAACCAUUUAAGUUAUACAUGCAAAACUUUACCACAAAAAUAGUGAACUUGAUGAAGUCGGAAGGGUUAUAUGCCUCACGAGGAGGUCCAAUCAUACUCUCACAGAUUGAGAACGAAUAUCAAAAUAUAGAAAAAGCAUUCAGAGAAGAUGGGCCCCCUUAUGUUCGUUGGGCAGUAAAGAUGGCUGUGGAACUUCAGACUGGUGUGCCAUGGGUCAUGUGUAAACAAGAUGAUGCUCCUCAUCCUAUUAUUAACACGUGCAAUGGAAUGAAAUGUGGAGAAACAUUUAAAGGGCCAAAUUCACCAAAUAAGCGCUUCUAUCAAGUGUAUGGUCAGAAUGUAACACUUAGAUCAGCAGAAGAUAUUGCCUUUCAAGUUGCUCUGUUCAUCGCAAGGAAGAAUGGAACGUACAUAAACUAUUACAUGUAUCAUGGAGGCACAAAUUUUGGCAAGACUUCUGCUGAAUUUAUGAUAACAAGUUAUUAUGAUCAAGCUCCACUUGAUGAGUAUGGUUUAAUUAGAGAACCAAAAUGGGGUCAUCUGAAGGAAUUACAUGCAGCAGUAAAGUUAUGCUCGGAAGCCAUACUUUCUAGUUUUCCCACCAUGCAAUCUUUAGGCCAACUACAGGAGGCUUAUGUAUUCAGUGGAGAUUCAGGAGCUUGUGCGGCAUUCCUGGUGAACGCAAAUAAUCGAAGAAGUGCAACGGUGCGAUUCCAAAAUUUGACAUACCAAUUACCUCCAAAAUCUAUAAGCAUCUUACCUGACUGCAACAUUGUAGCCUUCAAUACAGCCAAGGUGAAUACUCAAUUCGACACAAGAACUUGGAGGCCAGUGGUCAAGUUUGAUUCAGCUGAGAAAUGGGAACAAUUCCAAGAGGUUAUUCCGCAAUUUGAUGCAACAACACUGAGAUCACAAACAUUACUGGAGCAAACAAAUACUACAAAAGAUGCCUCCGAUUAUCUUUGGUAUACUGCCAGUUUCGAGCAGGAUUCCCAGGAGCAGCAGGCUAAACUAAGCGUGAAGUCCUUAGGCCAUGUUUUACAUGCUUUUGUGAAUGGAGCUCCAGUGGGUUUUGGUCACGGAAAAUUUAGAAAUACAUCAUUUACACUAGAAAGCACGGUUGGUCUAAAUAAAGGGACAAACCAAAUCUCAUUACUGAGUGCACGGUUGUACUUAAUUAAUACUGCAUUUUUCAUUUUUUCUGAUUCAGGAGCAUUUCUUGAGCGCAGGUCUCUCGGUGUACGUUCAGUGAUUAUUCAAAACAGUCGAGGGGUCAAAAAUUUCACUGUUUUCCCCUGGGGUUAUCAGGUUGGAAUGUUAGGUGAAAAGUUACAUAUUUACACAUAUGAAGGAUCAAAGAAUGCUAAUUGGAGCAGCUUAGGCUCUUCUCAACAGCUCGCAUGGUACAAGGCAAGUAUAUGGAUCCUUCAUAUAAAUUGUAUAAUAGGCUGUUCGGACCUAUUGCAUGCAACUUUAUAUUACAUUUUUGCGACAUUGUUUUUGCGCCUUAAACCUGUCACGUCCUGA